AUGGUGAAUGGUUGGCCAAAAAACAACUCUACAUCCCGUUCACCCUUUACUUUUCAAUCCAUCUACCUCCGCAUCCAAGUUACCUCGUUUCUGACAGACCGUUGGUACAAGCGUCAUCCAAAUGGGACUAGAAGACACUUGCACUUCGCCAUUCAGAUCAUACGCACCACCCGGGAGGACAGCUUUGCCUCCUACUCUCCGGUCUUGAAGUUCAUCCGUUCCUCGGGAUCCCGCUAUCAUGCAAGAUCUAUUGGAAUUCGUGUGGUCUCUGAGUCAUUUUCCGGUGUAGAGAAUGAAACGACCUGCCUUUAUGGAUGGCUGGCGAUGGCGAUGAGGAUGGUGUCCGGGAUCGAUUGUUAUUUUGAUCACUUGUCUACUCAUCCCGAACGCCAGACUCGUCUCGCACUCUUCGCUACCCCUCAAGAACAGAUGGCUGGCUUAUCAUUUUUCGAUCAAAAUGAAUUGCUCUCCAGAACUUGGGCCCCCAUUGCAAGCAGUUUGCGUUGCUCGAGGCUUUGUGCCCUUUACAGUUUUACCCCUUGCAUCCACCGUUGGGACCCACGAUCUGUCAUUAUUCGCGCGACUACCGUUGGAUCGAAAAUGAAUGUCAUUGAAACCAACCACUCGUUUCGAAUCCCACCACAGAUUUUUUAUCGCCUUACAUUCAUCGACAAAGUGCAUGUCAUAAAGACCUGCUGGGUGUCUGACGACGACAAUGGUGUUAAAAAGAUACGAGUGUAG